AGUGCUGUGCUCAUGGAGAGGCCGGUGAAGGACGGGAUCCUCUACGUGCAGCACAGCAAGUUUGGAAAGAGGUCCUGGAGGAAGAUGCGAGCACAGCUCUUUGCCGCCAGCCUGUCCGGCGUGGCGCGGAUGGAGAAGUUUGACGUGAGGGACGACGGCACGAUGCUGGAGAAGUCCUCCCUGCGCCGGUGCGCCCGCCGCGUGAUCCGCCUCUCCGACUGCGUCUCCGUGGGGCCCCUCGGCACCGAGAGCUGYCCCAAAGACACCGCGGCCUUUUAUCUCACCACCACGGAGAAGAGCUACGUGCUGGCUGCCGAGCAGCGGGACGAGUGGAUCUCGCAGCUCUGCCAGCUGGCUUUCCAGGGCACAAAGGAGGCUCUGCAAAGUGGCACCAGGACACAGCCCAACCCCAGCGUGCACAUGGAGGAGAACUCCCUCUACUCCUCGUGGCAGGACCUGACCGAGUUCCUGGUGCUGGCGCUCCGGACGGAGGCRGCCGCCCGCUGCGGUCUGCACGGGCACUACGUGCUCGCAGCCCUGCCCCAGAGCCUGAYGCUGAAGGACCCGCAGUCCCGCCAGCCCCUGCUCACCUGGCCCUACCCCUUCCUCCGCAAGUUCGGCCAGGACCAGACAGUCUUCUCCUUCGAGGCCGGCCGCCGCAGCGACUCAGGCGAGGGCACCUUCAGCUUCAGCACCCCGCGGGCGCCAGAGCUCUGCCGCGCUGUGGCCACCGCCAUCGCCUGCCAGCAGCAGCAGGGCAAGGACGCCGCGGAGAACCAGCUCCCUGCACCGGGCACUGAGACCCAGCCCGGGGGCCCCGUCCCCCAGGAACUGCCAGCGGGGGGGAGGGGGCACCCUGGCUCCCAGCCGCCCUCCKGCCUCCUCCGCUUUCCACCCGCAGACCCCGGCAGCGCUGGCCCCAUCAUCUACGCCUCCAUCGCGCGGGGCCAGCAGCCCCUCUUCGGGCCGGGGCCGCCGGGCCCGGGGCAGCCCUGGCCGCCGGGGAAGCCGGCGGCUGAGCACCUGUAUGAGAACAUCUUUGCGGCAGAGCCGGGACGCCCGGCCGAGGAGGAGGAGGAGGAGGAAGAGGAGGAGCAGGAGGCAGGGCAGUGGGAGCUGGGCUGCCGGCAAGCCCCCGAGGGCCACAGCACCGAGCCUGGCGCUAUCUAUGACAACCAGGCAGCGGCAGCCGCGGCCCCGGCGUGGGCUGAGCCGCAGCCCGCCGGCCCCGCGGAGCAGCGCUGGGGCCCGGCAGGGCACUGCGCCCCCGAGGAGCCUCCUGCGCGGCCCGGGCCCAAGCCACAGAGCAACCUCAAGGCUAAGCUCGUGCGGCUGCUGAGCAGGGAGGCGGCCGCCCCCGGGCCGCGGGACUGGCCCUGA